GAACAUUUAAAUAAUUGGUACUCUUUGAAAGAUUAUUAUAGCGUAAAAGUAUUAACCGAUUUCCCGAUUCAAGACAGCCAAUGGAAUAUGAAAGAAUUUUAAAGGUAUGGGGCAUUUGUCUGUUAAUUACGAUUCUUGGACAAACGUGUGGGAUAUUUGCAGGCGUGGUUUUUGGCACUGAGUUAGGUAUAUUUCUAAUACCGAUAUGUAGUAUACCAUUAUUGUUGUUCUCUGGAUUUUUCUUGAAAUUAAAUGAAAUGCCGACAUAUCUACAGCCAAUAAGCUUUUUAAGUUUUUUCAGAUUUGCGUUUGAAGGAAUAAUGCAGGCGAUCUAUCUUGACCGACCAAAACUACCAUGCUCUGAAGCCUAUUGUCACUUGCGUUCCUCAAAUAAGAUUCUUUCAUUAAUGGGUAUGCCAACAAUGCCAUUUUAUUUAAUUCUGAUAAUACUUGGUUCUUGGAUACUCUGUUUACACGUGAUUGUCUAUGUAACACUCCUAUGGAAAAUUUAUUAUGCAAAAAAAUAAUGUAUUAUAUUUCAUUAAUUUUUAUC